AUGGCAGCUCUAAGGUCAAAUGUCAACUCAAAGGUCAAAGGUCAUCUGCCAUAUAUGGACUAUUCUUCCUUAUUUGGCAGCCAGGGGUCAAAGGUGACUUUUGGAUCAGAACCCUCACCGCACUAUACUACUAAGCACCUCUCGCCACAGCAGGAGGAAAGGUUUACUGCAGCGGUCGAUGAGUGGUUUGCCAAUGGUUGGCUCAUUGAGCAUAACCCGGAGGUGCACGGAAAGCCAGCCUGUGUUCUGCAUCUGAUGGCGGUUGAGCAAGAGCACAAGCUGUCAACUCCUGUUCGGCCAGUGUUGGACUACCGCCACCUGAACCGGCAACUUGUGUCGCACCCAGGCAAUGACUCUCCUGUGUGUGCGGAAUCCCUGCGGCCAUGGCGUAGCCGAGAAGACGAGCACGAGCUGUUAGACAUCCGGAAGGCAUAUUUGCAAGUGCAUGUCCAGGAUGAUUUGCUGCGUUAUCAAGUCGUCGUCAGGCAAGACAAGACCUACGUAAUGACCCGCAUGGGUUUCGGCUUGUCUGUGGCCCCCACGGUCAUGGACAUCAUUGUCCAGUAUGUGACCCGCGACAUGCCAGAAGUCGACAAUUAUGUGGAUGACGUGAUUGUCCCCAAGCCUCUGUCUAGUGCUGUGUCUGCCCGCCUCGCUGCAUACGGCCUGCCCACGAAGCCUGCGGAGGAUGUCAGUUCUGCUCGAGUGCUGGGUCUCCAGCUGUUUACCGAAGCGGAUAAUGAGUUACAUUGGCGCAGACGUGAUGGUGUCCAGCUCGAGGUGGCUGAUGAGAUUACCAGGCGGGAAGUAUUUAGCUGGUGCGGGCGAUUAACCAGCCACUAUCCCGUCUGUUCCUGGCUACGUCCAGCCUGUGGCUACCUGAAGCGGCUUGCCAGCGUUGAGAGUGCGUGGGACAAGCCGGUGUGUGACACUGUGGUCCAUUGCUGUGCCGAGCUACAGGCCAUGCUGGACAAGGCUGACCCAGCGACCAGCAAGUGGGCAGUGAAUGUGGAAGCACGUGACUGUACUGUGUGGUGCGAUGCGUCCGACGUCGCCUAUGGGGCGCUGCUAGAGGGCGAUGGGGCGGUAGUUGAAUACCGUUCCUGGCUUCGCCCUGCUUCAGAUCGCCGCCAUAUCAAUGUCGCCGAACUGAAUGCUGUCCUGAGGGGCCUCACCCUCGCAACUGACUACCGUGUGAAGACAGCAACGGUGGUGACCAACUCCAAGACUGUGUACGGCUGGCUGUCGGCGCGACUUGGGAACAUUCACCGGGUGAAGACGAACAGCCUCUUCAACGUUGUCGUGGAGCGGCGCCUGCAAGCAGUGGAGGACAUCGUUGCAGAGACCGGCAUGCAAGGGCACCUUCGUUGGGUGCCUUCUGCAGAGAACAAGGCCGACAAGAUGACGCGUGUGCCUGACACGUUUGUGUAA